GGCAGGUCCACGGGAGGAGGAGGAGUCUCGUCCAGGAGUCUCUUCCUGGUUGAACCUAACAACAGAGAUGUCGCUUUUUAAAAAGUUUGAUUAACUUUAAUCCGCUGUCGUUUAAAAUACAUAUAGUUUACAUCAUUAUAUGUACGGAACUAGUUUAUGAAGUUUCGUUGACUAGUCGAGUAAGGUUAACUUUCGACCACCGGUUGAAGAAGAGGCUGACGAGCUUCCAGUCCGACUUGUUGUCGUCUCUUCAGACCCAUGUGGUCGUGCUGCAGCUGGUUGUGUGUGGACGACGUUCCGUCGGAGGAGCCGGCGCGCAGGGGGCACUGCCAGCAGGCCUACACCAACUCUGGCUACAGCAGCCAGCCCUCGGCCAAUCAGCAGCCCCGCUGUAAGGCCUGUGGUGAUGGGUUCCACACCCUUGCCCGCAAGCAUGUGUGUGUUGACUGUAAGAAGGACUACUGCAGCAGCUGCUCCGCUGAGGCGGAUCCCAGGCCCCGCCUCUGCCACACCUGCCAGCGUUUCUACGGUAACCUGCUGGAGCCGGCUGAACUAAUGAAGCUGAAGGUGAAGGACCUCCGAGACUACCUCCACCUGCACGAAGUCCCCACCCAGCUCUGCAGAGAGAAGGAGGAGCUGGUGGAGUUGGUCUUAGGUCAGCAGACCCCGUCACCCGGUAGCACCAGCCCGCUCACGUCCAGCUUCGAGACGCCCCCCUUCCCCCCGGACCAACACACCACACCCACACACACGGCGCCCUCAGACUCUGCACACACAGCGCACACAGACACGACGCACGCACGCGCACACACGGAGCCCGCCCAUGCAGCGGCCCCGCCCUCGGCACACACCGCCUCUACGGAAACAUUCCCCACCGAGACGUUACCCGUCCACACGGACCCCGCCGCGGCCCCAACCCCUACAGAUACUGCACCCGGUGGGACGGCCCCCCCACAGGGGACCGAAGAGGUGGAGGUCGAGGUUUCUGACUCUGAGAGCCUCACUGGGCCGCAGUUGGAGUGGUCGGACUCUGAGGAGGUGGCGGUCCCGGGGCGCAGGGCCUCCCUCUCCGACCUGUCCUCGCUGGAGGACAUCGAGCAGCUGAGCGUCCGCCAGCUCAAGGAGAUCCUGGCCCGCAACUUUGUCAACUACAAAGGAUGCUGCGAAAAGUGGGAGCUGAUGGAGAGAGUGACCCGGCUCUACCAGAACGACCUGGAGCUGCAUAACCAGGGCCUGGGGGAUUCCACUGCAGCGGGUGAGGACCUUCUGUGCAGGGUGUGCAUGGACUCUCCCAUCGACUGCGUCCUGCUGGAGUGCGGCCACAUGGUCACGUGCACUAAGUGUGGAAAGAGGAUGUCGGAGUGUCCCAUCUGUCGGCAGUAUGUGGUCCGGGCCGUGCACGUGUUCCGUUCCUGAGGCAAUAAAGAACAAGACCAGGACUUACUGUGAAGAACGGUUCAGUUUUUUUACCUAGGGACUUUUAGAGUCCGUCCCAUGUCCAAGGAAACUAGACCUAAACCUGAAGGAUCCUAAGAAGUGUCCUUGAUAGUGGACUCCCCCCUCCUGAUUCUUACAAUGUUGAGAUUUUCUUAAGCUUUGGUCCUAAAUGACCUCAAGACACUUUGAAUUAUGUGCUGAAAGCAUACGGCAUUAACUACAAAACACAAUUAAACAAUAGUUUCUCUGUAACAACAUCACGCCCUCUCUGGCCCAGAAGGGGCGGGUCUUUUCCUGCUGCUUGGGAAUGCAGCCAUGUUGGCUUGUGGGUGAGUAGUUCUGGGGUGUUUUUUUUUAAAUAUAUUUCAAUUGACUCUUUCUUUUAAACCAAAGAGCUCUUUAAUGCAGGGCAUUCUGUUCACAUUUAAAAUAAAAACGUUUCUAUAUUG